ACAAUUUAAUGCUGAUCCCUUUCUUUCCUGUUUCUGUUUCCUAGAAAAAGGCCUCUCUUUGCUGGGGUACCACCUGUGCAACUACACCCUGACCAAAAGUGUGUUAAAAAUGGUCACAUACCAAAAGUCCUAUGAGAAGAACACACCCUGUGGAGGGUGGAUCCCGUGGAUGGUGUGUCCCCAGACACACCACAGAACGCAGUUUCACAGCCUUGAACUCCCUGAAACCAUCACUCUCACAGAUUGCUGCGAAGGAUAUGAACAAGUUGGACUCUACUGCUCUCUAGCACUCAAUAGAUCCAGUGUAUUUGCCUCAAGACCUGGUAUUUGUCCAGUGAAGGAUAUGGAAACAUUUGAUUAUCCUUGCACGUUCGAUACUGAAUGUCCAGGGCUGAAAAAAUGCUGCAGCUCAUCCAAAGGAGCAGGCUGUGUGGAUCCCAUUCCAGAGGGGAGGAUGUUCUGGUACAACGUGACAGUGCUCGUGAAAAUGGAUUUUAAUGAAUUAAUCCGGGUGGAUCCCCACCUUCUGAAUCACUCACGCCUUUUGCACUCUGUGAUCACUGGAGCACUGCAGCCCCUGAAUGCCUCUGUGCACCACAUCCAGAGUGACCGUGGGGACAUCUACGCUGGGACAGUGGCCUCUCAGCUUCUCCUGGGAAUGCAGCAGCCAGCUCCUCUGGCAGAGGUUUCCUCCUCCCUGAAGGCCAUGGUGAAGCGAGUGUAUGAAGUGAUUGACACACAAGUGCAAGAUGUCAAUGAAUGCUCCUAUGCUGAAUUCAAUGCUUGCCCUGAGAAAAGCAGCUGUGUAAACCUGGAGGGUUAUUACAGCUGCCACCCUCAGCAUGAACAUGCCACUGUCAUCCCUCACUGGCUGAGCCCAAGGAAGGAAGGCAUUGCAGCAUCUACUCCAAUUUCAGUAAAUGCUGUAAACACUGCCACUAGUUAUCCCUUUACAAGGAAAGCAAAUCUCUUGUCCAUAACCAACCAAUCUACAGAUGCUGGGUGCUAUCCCUCUGCAGUCACAAACCAUCGAAUCCUCAGCGUUACCAGCAACAGCUUUGAAAUGUCCUGGCUUGUCAUUCCCACUCUGAACCACACUUUCCAAGUCCGGGUGUCCAAGGGCAAUGAAACUGUGCAAAACCUGCAGACAGAGGAAAUGCACAUGGAUGUGGCUCACCUGGAAGCAGGUGUGAUGUAUUCAGUAGAGAUCAGCUAUGAAACUUGUGGGAAAAUCGUUAUCUCCCAUCAAAAUGUUAAAACAGAGGCCAAGAUAUUUGAUGUUACUAUGAGGAUUCUCAACUACAACUUCACUGAUGAUUUCCAUAAUUCCAGCAGCUCAGCAUAUGGGGAAUUUUCAAGACUGCUGCUUACAGAGCUUGAAAAUUCAUUUCCACCUAACAUUUCUGCCUUAUACAAAUCUGGGAAGCUGAAAGUGCAGAUUGAAUCCCUGGCAGCAGGGAGCAUCAUUGUGAGGCUCAGAAUCACCGUGCAGGAUCCCGAGUUUCCAGUGGAUGCCUCCACAUUUACCCCAGUGCUUUCCUACCUGCACAAUGGCUCUGUGCUUGUGGUGGAUCAGCAAAACACUGCAGUAGAAGACUGGGAUGAAUGUGCUUCCCAAGCUGAGAAUGACUGCUCUGUGUUUGCAGAGUGUAUCAAUUUGAUGGGAUCCUACACCUGCAAGUGCAAGACAACCAUGGAUACCAAUCCAUCCCGACCUGGAAGAAACUGUGAGGGUGAGAAAAAGUCUGGCAAAGGGGCCUUGGUGCCAUUUUCAGGCCAGGCCUCGGUGCCCUUUUCAGGCCAGGCCUCGGUGCCAUUUUCAGGCCAGGCCCCGGUGCCUCCUCAUCCCGUUUCAGGCCCCAUUUCAGGAUGUGUUUACUGUGUUGCAGGUGAGAUUGUGGAUCCUCUCACUGAAACCACGGCUUCUGAAACAAGAAACAGCAGGGACUUUGCCCUUGAAGAAGGAAGCCCUGCAGGCCCUGCUUCCGCUGCCACAACCGAGACAAUGGCGGCUGCAGGCUCUGCGUCAAGCUCCGCCACACUCCUCCCUGCCGCGCUGGCCCUGGGUGACAAACAAGCGUCCCAAGGUCCCACCAGUGCUCCUCCAACCCCUUGGCAAAAAGGCCUGGCCCCACAGAUGGGUUUCAGCAGGGGCAGCAGCCCCACGGCCAGCAGGGCCCUGCCCAUGGGCACAGGAGCCACAAGUCCAUCACGGGAAAGCUCCGUGACCACGGCUGCUGUCCCAAACAGCCCCAGGGGCACGGCGGGGCCAGAGCAGCUCGCUGCAGUUUGGCUGCUCCCAAACCGAACAGCCUCAGGUGCCAGCCGCGCUCGUACGGCUGCUGCCGUGCCCCGAGGUGGCCCUGGCACCGCCCUGCUGGCCACAGGCAGCGCUGCCAUCGCCACCCUCCGAGCAGAUGGAGAGCAGGGCACGGAGAACAGCUCUUGGUCCACUGCAGCCUUGGGGUCACCAGCUUUGCCAGGCUCCUCUCCAGCCCCCAGCCCGUUCCGCACCUUCCAGAAACUUAGUGGCACAGUUUGGAUAACAAACAUGGAAUACUCUCCAGGCUUUAGCAAUACAAGCAGUGAGGAAACCUUUGCACAGCUCUUUGUUGAUGAAGUGCAUAAAUCUCUGCCCCUUGAGGUGCUCCAGCAGAUGGAUGCUGGUCUGAUUAAAGUGCUGGUAACGGGUGUUACUAAUGGGAGCACAGUGCUAAAUUUCAAUCUGCUGCUUGCAGAAGAAGUGGAUGUCCACCAUGUCAUCACCACUUUUUGUGAAGCCUUGGAACACAGCUCCUACUUCACCAUGGACAGGAACAACCUCUCCAUACAUGCUCUUCCCUUCAGCCAGAAAACAUCAGUGAUGGAUAAGAAACCAACAGUGAUGGAUAAGAAACAUGUGCACAGCACAAUUUUACCUGUGACAUCUUCGCAAACUUCAGCUUAUGUUUCCUCCCCUGCUUCACUGGACUUCUCUCCUGCUGAGCACAAAGCUCUGGUGGACACCAGGUUCUCCAGCACGGUGCUGGCUCCUCUCACCACCGAUCCCAUGGCAACUCCUGAUGUUUCUCCUCCAGCAUCUCCAGCCCCCCUUGUCAAACCCACCCAAGAGGUUUCCAUUAAAGAAGCAGUGAGUGUGUUUUGUGAAAUUGAGAGGAUUGUCCUUGCCAUCCAGAAGAGAUUCUUGCAGCAGGAGUCCAUCCCAGAGAGUUCCCUGUUCCUGGGGGAGCCUGGCUGCAAUGUGAGCACCAGCAAUGGCACCCACGUUGUGCUGCAGGCAGGCUGGAGCCACUGUGGCACCCAAGUUGAGACUAACAUGACUACUACCGUGGUGAAAACCACCCUUCGGAAUGAUGCUUCUGCUCAGGGAAUCAUCCACCACUUGAACAUUGCCAGUCCCAUCCACUGUGUGUUUCAAAACCAUGUCUUGACUUCCUCUGGGUACACUGCAGAAGGACUUUACACUAUCUUUGAGGAUUUGCAUGGAUCUGGACACUUCAGAACAGAAAUGCAGUUGUUUAUUGGAAACUCCCCAAUCCCCAGAAAUUUCAGUGUCUCUGCCAGUGAGGAUGUGCUGAUUGAAGUGGGGAUGCAGAGGGCAGACAGCAAGCUCAAGGUGGUUCUCACUGACUGCUGGGCCACUCCAACCAAUAAUUCAGUGGAUCCCCUGUCAUUUGUUUUUAUCAGCAACAGCUGUCCCAUCCCAAACACUUACACCACUCUGCUGGAAAAUGGGAAUUCAAGCAAAGCUCAGUUUAAGAUGAAAAUUUUUUCCUUUGUCAACAACUCUGUGGUUUACUUACACUGCAGAAUUCGUAUUUGUAUGGAGUCACCAGGAAGCACCUGCAGGACUAGAUGCCAUACAAGGGCUGGACUCCUGAAGGCUGGAGAAACCCUCGCCCUGCACAGAACAUCCUGGGGACCCCUGUGUAAAUCAGCUGCAUCUGAAUCGAAGAGAGGGAAGGAGGCUGGAAUGGGAAUUGGAUACAUCAUCCUCAUAGCCCUUGCUGUGUUUGGUUUUGUGCUGGGAGUUGUGACCCUUCUCAUUUUCCAGUACCAGCGAAAGACGGGGAGAUACAACCUCAGGAUCAAGUCUGACAACUUCAGCUACCAAGUGUUCUGUGAUUAGUGAUUCCCAGGUUGCCACAUUGGGAUCAUAUCACAUGGAGAACCGAAGUUUGUCUUCACUCAGCAUUUGGCUUUCCUUGCUCUGCACAACACUUACUCUUUCAAAUUAAUGUAAUAUAUAAAAGGAUUCUAUACCCCCUUUCUCCCCUCCACCUCUUUUUUUCUUAGCAAUCUGGUUCUUCCCUGGUGUCUUAAGAACUCUUUGUGACAACAGCUCCAGGUUGAAGUGAAUUUUGGCAGUUUUUCCAUUGGUAAAAUAGAAGGGAAGAAAACAAAGACAUCUGUCUCUCUCUUUAAGUUCCAAGAUCUGAUUUCUCACUGUGACAUAUCACUAUGUGCUCAUCUCAGCAUCACUUGUGCCAUUAAUAUUGACAAGCUGCAUGUUUCCAUUGAUAUUCAAGGAAGUGAAUCAGCAAACCCUCAGAGAGAUCUUUUUUUCAGGUUGUGAUUUGCUGUUUACUCAGGGUGAGGUUGAAACUUUGAGCUGCAACAGCGUUGAAGACCUAAUUGUGCAACGCCUUAAGUAUACAGAAGCUGGGGAACAAGCACUGGAUUUGCCACCAAGUAAGGAAAAGCCCCUGAGGAUCUGGGGCUUAACCUACUCAGGGUGUUCUUCAGCAGGAGUUUUAAAAUUUGAUUCAUUCUGUAAUCAACAAGGAUUCAGUGGAAAAGAAAGAAAGAAAGAAAAAGAUAAACUAUUUUUGUUGCUGGCAACCCAUGAUUUUCCAGAUAAAUCAACUGAUACCUGUGUAUUCUGCUUAAUUAGACCCUAAUGAUUGUGCAGUCAAGCCACAUAGUGCUGCCCACCUAAGUGAGAGCUCUCCAACUGCAAAUAAAUUUGACCUGAAUUUUGCCUGGCUCCAAGACCAUCAGUGCAGCAGCAGCAGCUCAGUUUACACGGUCCAUUGGGUACAACAACGAUCUCAGCUGGAUAAACUGGAGCAGAAACCUCUUCCAUGCAGUCAUCAUCUCCUGCAGGGCUCUUUCCUGGGCUGCUCUUCUCUGCUGCCCCAAAUCCCCACCUCAGUGGGUGUGCUGGAGAAGUGUCAAUAACUUGUCCCACCAGCCCGUGGUUCUGCUUGCUGCAGUCACUCCUCCUACACAGUGAUAAUCUGCUGUGCCUGGGUCACAGCUAACUUAGUAAUUUAUAAACCAAUGGACACCACUGUAAAUAACUCUUAGUAGAAGUUGGUCCUUAGCUUAAGUCAUGAAUGUUUCUAGUAGCCAAAGCACUUAGGUACUGAUUUUUGGGUACAGAAUAGCAGAGGAAAGUGGCUUUUCUAUCCUUCCAGUCCAAUUUCUAUUAGGUAAUAAGAUUACUGGGUAACAGACUUCCACAUUUUGAAAAAGGUUGUACUGAUUGAUUUUAGAGCUUUUAUAUAUGCCUUUUAACUAUAUCAAUAAAUUUCAGAAUAAUCAUUUGCAUUCUGCUUUAGAUUCAAGUGACUCUAUAAGGAGUAAGACACUUUGACUUGUCUUCUCCUUAUGGAAAUAAGAGUCACCAGAUCCUGAUCUAAAAAAAUAAAAAUCCACUUAGUUGUAAGUGGUGAAAUUAUAAAAUAUCUUUGCAGUCUUAGUCUGAUGAACGUGGACUCACAGAAUGGAAGGGUUGGAAGGGACCUUAAAGACCAUCCAGCUCCAAGUCCCUGCCAUGGGCAGAGACACUUUCCACUGUCCCAGC